AUGUUCCCCCCCGGGCGAGGUUCGCCUCGAGGUUCGAGCGUCCCAGCAAGCGGCCGCUUGGUGACCUCGUCUAGGCCGCCCAGUGUUUGCGCUGCUCACCGCAAGGCACCUGAAGCGGAAAAGGCGGAGCUGCUGUUCCGGUUGUCGCAGGAGUACCGCAGAUUGGGCGAGAAGAUGCCGAAGGGCUUGAAGAUUGCCUCCGUGCCCACACUCUCUGCGCACCUCGAUAUGUUGAU